AGACGGGUCGAGGACACUGAAUGGGAAGCCAGUGGAGGGAUUGGCAGAGACGGGUCGAGGACACUGAAUGGGAAGCCAGUGGAGGGAUUGGCAGAGAGGGAUGGAGGACACUGAAUCAGAAGCCAGUGGAGGGAUUGGCAGAGAGGGAUGGAGGACACUGAAUGGGGAGGCCAGUGGAGGGAUUGGCAGAGAGGGAUGGAGGACACUGAAUGAGAAGCCAGUGGAGGGAUGGCAGAUAUGGAACAGUUAGUGAGGUGGAUGAGUCUGGCAGUAGCAUUAGUGAUAGACUGAAGAGGGGAUAGCCUGCGAUGAGGUCGGCCAAUGAGGAGGGAGUUACAAUAGUCAAGGCGCGAGAUAAUCAGGGAGUGACUAGUACUCUGCACAUGCUGGCGGCUCAGUGACUCGGACAGGACUGAAGUACCAUAACAGCCAGGCAACUGUCAUUUUCAGGAGAAGG